GGCAGUAACGGUCACUAACGUCUCUGCGCAGGCGCAGUGGCACUUCACACAACCGCAAUAAGCAAAUAUGGCGGCGGCCGUCGACAGUGUUGUGAAAGUGCUGGGAGAGCAGUAUUACAGAGAUGCAAUGGAGCAGUGUCAUAGUUACAACGCUCGUUUGUGCGCUGAGCGCAGCAUCCUCAUGCCUUUCCUGGACUCUCAGACUGGUGUAGCCCAGUCCAACUGUUACAUUUGGAUGGAGAAGAGACACCGGAGUGCAGGUGUUGCUCCGGGGCAGCUGUACACCUACCCAGCCCGUCGCUGGAGGAAGAAACGCCGUUCUCACCCUCCUGAGGACCCCCGCUUGGCUUUCCCCCCUCUUAAAGCAGGUAUCGCCUCUGAUGGAACAACCUGUCUCCCAUCACAUAACCAGUCAACAGAUUUGGAGAUGAGUCUGAAGCGCGAUGCACUGGGGGCGGUGGACGGCAGCAGUCUGGAGGCCCUGCUGAAGGGGGAGCCCCUCGACAGGAGGAGUGGAGUUUCUGACAUCCGUGGCCCUGAGGAUGACUCAGCAACCGUGGAGCCACCUGCUACCUCGACGACCACUCACACGUCUUCUGGGCGUGUUCGCAAGAGAGUCCUGGACCAUGAUGACUACUUGGACGAUCUGGAUGAUGAGGACUUUGAGGACGAGACCCCCAAGAGACGAGGCAAGAGCAAGUCCAAGGGCCGCAGUGACAAGAACGGCAAGAAAAAGCAAGAGGCUGCAGCUGCAGCGCUGGAGGAGAGGGACAAACCUUACGCCUGCGACAUCUGUGGGAAGCGCUACAAGAACCGUCCUGGCCUGAGCUACCACUAUACACACUCUCACCUGGCCGAGGAGGAGGGCGAGGACCGCGAGGAGAUCGAGGCACCACCCACUCCUCGCCAGCCUGAGGAGCAGAAGACAACUAAGAAGGGUCCCAACGGGCUGGCAAUGCCCAAUGAUUACUGUGACUUCUGUCUGGGAGACUCCACUUUAAACCAGAAGACUGGCCAGUCAGAAGAGCUGGUGUCCUGCUCAGAUUGUGGACGCUCAGGCCACCCAACUUGCCUGCAGUUUACACCAGUGAUGAUGGCUGCAGUGAAGACAUACCGCUGGCAGUGCAUUGAGUGCAAGUGCUGCAAUGUUUGUGGCACCUCAGAGAAUGACGACCAGCUGCUGUUUUGUGAUGACUGUGACCGAGGCUACCACAUGUACUGUCUAAGUCCUCCCAUGACUGAACCACCAGAGGGGAGCUGGAGCUGCCACCUGUGCCUGGCUCUGCUGAAGGAUAAGGCCUCCAUAUACCAGCAGAACCAGAGCUCUGCCCCUGAGUGACAUCAUAGCAGCAAGUCCCACCCCCUCAGCAAAGGGACCCCGCCCCCAAAUGGAAACGUCAGACCUCCUCUCAGUCCAGAGCUCCAGGCUCUGUCCAGAUGUAGCUGAGCCAGAUCGCAGAUCAGCUUUAGAAGACUUAAUAUCUACAGCGUCAGUGGGGGGAUCAGUCAACACGGGGAUCAAACUAUCACUACCAACCUGCCUGCAAAGCCCCCACAGGCUUGCCGUCAAACACAUACACAUCGUGCGUAUAAACAGUAUCGACACACACACUCUCUCCUGGACUGUUACACACACUAGAUACAGAGACAGAGAGCAUGCAGUAACCAUAGUAACUGCUGUCUCCUUGGGAGCUCCCAGGAGCAAACGGAUUAGCAUUACAGCUAAUUAUCUGCACCCUUUCACACUCAAAGACAGCGCGGACUGUCGAGACAACAGUUUUUUUUUUCUGCCAAAUAAUCUAUUUUUACUCCCUGAGUGUGGGAGAACGAAAAAAAUCACCACAUACACAGUGGAGGAAUAUUAUUAUUAUUAUUAUUAUUAUUAUUAUUACUGUUGUUAUUGUUCUGGUUACUAGUGGACUUUUGUAGUGGCAUUUGUCUAUGUACUUUUGUCUGAUCCAUCGGAGCGUUAAUCUUUUAAAGAGGUUUUCCCGAGGGGAGCCGGUCAGUGCCAAGGUCCACCAUCAUAUGACAUACACACAGCAGUGACCCAUGGAGCUUAUCAUAAUCAUGUUGGCCAUCUUUGUUUCAUUUUAUAUCUGUGGGACAAAGAUGGUUUAAAAAAAAAAGUCUUAAUUUUUUGUCAACAAAAAACUUUGGCUUUGACUCGUUAAGCAGUUGGCACAAAAACUUUGGCUUGUUUUAGGAUUGCACCAAAACCAACUUUCCAUCUCUGAUUCUGUUACUGGAUUGAUCAGUUAACAAAACAUUAUACAACGGAGCAUUUACUGUUAGUCAGACUCAAGAGACAAAAACAUUUAGUGUGACGCCAGUCUUCAAUAUUAUGAUUCCAUCAGACUGCUAACAUUCUCUUAUUUUGAAAAAUCUGACUAUAAGUCCAAUAAUGCCAUUUUUAUUGGAGGAAACUGACCAAUACAUGAAACUAGUAACAGAGGUGCAUCCUUUACUCUAAGAUGUUUUGUGCUGGCCUUUUACAAACAGUUUGGCAGUGACACCACCCUUUUAAACAGCCGCUGUCAAACCAAUGACACAGGAUCAUUCACAAACUGUAGCUGCUUUUAUCAUUUGUCACACGGAGGCAGAUUUGCAUGCAGAUUGCACCUGUAUGAAUGCACACACACUCACACCACAAGUGUUUUUUUUUUUGUUUGUUUUUUGUUUUGUUUUUUACAUUUUAUAUUACCUGAUAUUCCAUUGGUACUGGGAGUUUUUUCUAGUAGAGUUUUGUAAAGUCUAUGGUAUAGCAAACACUUCAAGUAUAUAGCUCCUAAUGCAUUCUAUGUACUGUAUUGACUUUUUCUAUUUUUGUUAUGACUGUGACAUGUUUGAAUUUAUUUGAUUAUUCUUAUAUGUCAGACCUCCAUUAUGAGUAUUUGUAAAAUGAUGUACUUUGUUGUACUAUUUUUAUUUUUACAUUUCUUUGGUAUCAAAGCCGAUUUAGCCUGACUGAAAUAAAAAAUCACUUUGAA